AUGGCUGACAAAACCCCAUUAGUUGUUAACAAUGAGGAUGAUGAAAAUUUUUUCAAGAUUGGAAUGACAUUUAGUUAUGAGGAUGAAGCUUAUAAAACAUAUAAUAUGUAUGCAAUUCAGAAAGGGUUUGGAGUUCGAAGGGGGCAAAAGUCAUAUAAUCGGAAGAAUGAAUUACGUCGGUGUAUUUUUCUUUGUUCUUGUGAGGGGUUUUCACCAUAUGUCCCACCACAUAAGCAAAGAAAAAUUGAGAGAAUAGAUACUAAGUGUGGUUGUAAAGCUCGUGUUAGGUUUGGCAUUGAAGGUGAUGUUUGGAAAGUGAUUGAUCUAGUAGCUGAGCAUAACCAUGAGUUAAUUAAGGAAGAUCAAAGGCAUUUGAUUAAGUCUGGGAAAAAAAUGACUGAAACUAGUUCAAGUGUUCUACAAUCAAUGGCAAAUGCUGGAAUUAGAGCAACUAAGGCGUAUUCUUACGUAACAAAUGAAGCUGGGGGUGCAAAGAAUGUUGGGUUCACAUUGAGGGAUUGUCAAAAUUUUUUACAAUCUCAAAGAAUGAAGAUGAUAGGUGCCGGGGAUGCUCAAAGUCUUAUGAAUCAUUUCAAGUUAAUGCAAACUAACGAUUCUACGUUUUUUUAUGCUACCCAAAUUGAUUAUCAAAGUCGAUUGAGUAAUUUUUUUUGGAGGGAUGGAUUGUCUAAGAUUGAUUAUGAUUGCUUUGGUGAUGUGGUUAUUUUUGAUGCAACGUAUCGCACUAACAAGUAUAAUAUGAUUUGUGCUCAUUUUGUUGGGGUAAAUCAUCAUUGGAAAAAUGUGUUUUUUGGAUGUGCAUUUUUAUUAGAUGAGACCACGUCUUCAUUUAUUUGGUUGUUUGAAUCUUUUUUGGAAUCUAUGGGAAACAAGGCUCCUAAGACUAUAUUCACUGAUCAAGAUCAAGCUAUGUCAAAUGCUAUUGAAAAAGUGUUUCCCAAUACUCGUCAUCGUUUGUGUGAGUGGCAUAUUGCAAAGAAUGCUGCUACAAAUAUUCCUCAGCUAUAUGGACAACCUGAAUUUAAGAACAAGUUUUUCACUAAGUUAUUACAUGGUUGUGAAAAUGAAGAAGAGUUUCAAAGUACUUGGGAUAAAAUGGUUCAAUGUUGGGAUGUAGGUAGUAAUAAAUGGCUUAAAAGGUUGUAUGAACUUCGAGUUAAGUGGUGUCCUGCCUUUAGUUUUGACACUUUUUCUGCAGGCAUUCGCUCAAUUCAAAGAAGUGAGAGCACAAAUAAUGUUUUUCACCAUAUGGCUUGUAAGUCAAUGACAUUAACUGAAUUUGUCAAGCAUUAUGAAGAAAAUGCGAGGAAAUAG